AUGGAGGCGGAUGACCGCGACGACGACGGCUGGCAGUGCCGGCCGCUGGGGCUCCUGAUCGGCCUGCCGUUCGCCGCCCUCGCGUUAGUGCUCUCGCUCGCCGGCGCCGUCGUCUGGAUCCUCGGGUCGGCGCUGAGCUGCGUGUGCCCGUGCUGCGUGUGCUGCGCGGCGGCGGCGAACCUGGCGGUGGGCCUCGUCCAGAUGCCCGUCAAGGUCAUCCGCUGGUUUAUCAGGCAGAUCCCCUGCUAGGCUCGUCAAUUGUCCUUCUGGAGUAGUAAAUGUUGUUAUCUUGUUUUCAGUUUUAUAUGCAUGCUUGCUGAACGAGAGGCCAGAGAUAUGAUAUCAUCGUGUUUCUGCU